UCCAUAUAUAAAAUAAGAUCAGUGAUUGGGUAGGGAUUAUAACACGCAGACGUCUUCUAUUCUUGCUGACUUAUCAGUUAAAUGUAAACAGAGUCUAUAUACAGUUGAAUAUUGAUACACGCAUAGUUAUAUAUCACGAUUUGAAGUUGAAGUUAUUAAAAUAGAAUCUCCAACCUGUCUUUAUUUAGAUUGGUAUACAUGUAGAUAAUCUCUUUCAACAAACUAAAUGUACUCAGACUAAAUCAAGUUACAACAAUGCCUGGGAAUUCAUACGAGUUAUCUAAAACUGCCAGUCCAUCUGAUAUCAACUCAGGUAAAAUACGGACAAGAAAUGGUAAUACUAACACCAGUGCUGUAGAAAUGAAUGGUGUUAAUAAAGUUGAUCCAGCUGUAGAAAUUAAAGAUGGUGCCAGUGGGAAGAAAGAGAAAAAAGCUCCAGAUAUGGUUGGUGCACUAGAAAUGUUCCGGUUUGCGGAUUGUACUGACAGAUUAUUGAUGAUAUUUGGAAGUAUUGCAGCCGUUAUUCAUGGAGCUGCUUUUCCUGUUAUGAUUAUAGUGUUUGGGGAUAUGAUCGAUCUCUUUGUAAAUUCUGCACUUUUUGCAAAUUUUCUAGCUGACCCAUUUGUGGCUGGUUUUCUAUCAAGUAUCAAUAUAACAGCUACUGAUGUUAUAAAAGACCCAUCUAUACUAAUGAAUAAUUGUCCUCAGCUAGCUAAUUAUACUGGAGGUAAUAUAACAUGUGCAACAUACUCCGAUCAACUUAGUAAUCAACUGUUAGAUAAAAUGGGACAAUAUUCUAUAUAUUUUAUCAUUAUCGCUGUGUGUGUGUUUGUAUUGGGAUACGCCCAGGUUUGUUUCUGGAUGACAUCAGCUGAAAGACAAGCCCAUCGAAUCCGUUUGUCGUUUUUCCGUAAUGUUAUGAGACAAGAGAUUGGAUGGUUUGAUACACAUGAUUCCGGAGAACUGAAUUCCAGAUUAGCAGAUGAUAUUAAUAAAAUACAGGAUGGUCUUGGUGAUAAAAUGAGUUCAUCUGUACAAUGGCUGUCUGCGUUUCUAGCUGGUUUUAUCGUGGGCUUUAUUUACGGAUGGAAACUGACAUUAGUUAUAUUAGCUAUCAGUCCUGCUCUUGUAGUGGCUGCAGGUAUAAUGAGCAAGUUAGCGGCUAGUUUAACAAGCAAGGAAUUAAAGGCGUAUGCUAAAGCUGGUUCGAUAGCGGAAGAAGUGUUGAGUAGUAUAAGAACCGUCGUAGCUUUUGGUGGACAAAAAACAGAGGUUGAAAGAUAUUCUGAUAAUUUAAUUGAUGCCAAGAAGUUUGGUAUAAAGAAAGGAAUGACGAAUGGUAUUGCUAUGGGGUUUGUGUGGUUUGCCAUAUUUGCCGCGUAUGCCCUAGGAUUCUGGUACGGAGGAAAGUUGACUAUAGAGGAACCGACGAACUACACCGUCGGUAAAAUGUUGAUCGUAUUUUUCUCUGUGUUGAUUGGUGCAUUUUCUCUAGGAAACGCUAGUCCUGGUAUCCAGGCGUUCUCUACUGGCCGUGGUGCUGCCUUUGUUAUAUUCAAGCUUAUUGACCAGGUACCCUUGAUUGAUAGUUAUUCUACCGAGGGACGAAAACCCUCUUCUAUAACAGGUGAUGUCAUGUUCAGGAAUAUACAUUUUACUUAUCCUUCACGAAAAGAUGUCAAGGUGUUAAAUGGUAUUAAUAUUACGCUGAAACAAGGACAGACUAUAGCUCUCGUUGGAUCAAGUGGAUGUGGAAAGUCUACAACAGUUCAAUUAUUGCAGAGAUUCUAUGAUCCACAAGAUGGCGCUAUUACAAUUGAUGGUAAUGAUUUGAAAGAUCUAAAUGUUGAAUGGUUACGAAAACAUAUAGGAAUUGUUAGUCAAGAACCUACAUUAUUCGCUACCACAAUCGCAGAGAAUAUUAGAUACGGUCGAGAUGAUGUCACUGAUGCUGAGAUCGAACAAGCCACACGUAAAGCCAACGCCCACGACUUUAUCUCACAACUGCCAGAGAAAUAUGAGACACUAGUUGGAGAGCGAGGAGCGCAACUUAGUGGAGGUCAGAAACAAAGAAUCGCCAUUGCUCGAGCCCUGGUUCGUGAUCCUAAGAUAUUGUUAUUGGAUGAAGCUACGUCUGCUCUUGAUACCGAGAGUGAAUCUAUCGUACAGGAAGCUUUAGAUAAGGCUCGAGAAGGAAGGACAACUCUAGUUAUUGCACAUCGUCUGUCGACCAUUAAAAAUGCAGAUCAUAUUUAUAGUCUGAAGGAUGGACAGGUCAUGGAAGAAGGUAGCCAUGAUGAGUUAAUGGUAAAAGAAGGAAUUUAUUAUCAACUUGUCAUGAAUCAGACGAAUAAGAAGGCUGAUGAUUUGGAAGUAGAAGAAGAAAUAGAUGAGUUUAUUCGUGUUGGAUCAAAACGUGAAGUAAAACCACAACUUGAACGAAUGGUAUCAGCAACAGGGUCUCUUGUUAAAGGUGCCACACCAGUUACUGAAAAGGUGGAAAAAGUAGAGGACGAGGAACUUCCUUCCGUUGGUUUUGGCAGAAUGAUUCGUACUAAUGGUCCUGAAUGGUUCUAUAUUCUCAUUGGUUGUUUUGCCAGCAUUCUUAACGGUGGCGUCCAACCAGCUUUUGCUAUUAUUUUUGCCGAGAUUCUUGGGGUGUUCCAGUUACAAGGUGAUGAACGAAGUAAACAAAUACAACUAUACGCUCUGUUAUUAUUAGGUCUUGGAUUAAUUAGUAUGGUUAUGAUGUUCUUACAGUCGUAUAUGUUUGCCCUAUCAGGAGAAAAUUUAACGAUAAGAUUACGAAAAAUGGCAUUUAUGUCCAUGUUGAGACAGGAAAUCUCGUGGUUUGAUGAUCAGAAAAAUAAUACUGGAAUCUUGACUACCAAAUUAUCAACGGAAGCUUCCCUAGUUCAGGGGGCAACUGGUAUACGACUUGGAAUGGUGUUCCAGAAUGUGGCCGCCAUGUUAACAGCUAUAGUUAUUGCCUUUAUUUAUGGAUGGAAAUUAACUCUGGUUAUUUUAGCCUUUGUGCCGUUUAUUAUGUUGGCUGGUGCUAUUCAGAUGAAAGUUUUGGCCGGGGUGGCUGGUAAAAAUAAAGAGGCUUUGGAAGGUGCUGGAAAGGUUGCUGUUGAAGCUAUCGAAAGUAUUCGCACAGUUGUCUCUCUGUCUCUAGAACUUGUCUUUCAUCGACUUUACGUAAAUCAACUGUUAAAACCAUAUAAGGAUGCUUUGAAGAGAGCACAUUUAGUCGGAUUGGCUUAUGGUUUUUCAGACGCAAUCAUCUUCUUUGCAUACGCAGCUGCCUUUUACUUUGGUGCCUACUUGAUUCAAGAAGGAGAAAUGAACUAUGUCGAAGUUUUCAGGGUAUUCGGAGCUAUUGUAUUCGGAGCUAUGGCCUUGGGACAAGCAAGUAGUUUUGCUCCUGAUGCGUCCAAGGCCCAGUUAGCAGCCUCACAUAUCUUCUAUCUUAUCGAUAAAGAACCAAAGAUUAAUUCUGAAAGUGAAGAUGGACAGAAACCAUCCAAGAUUACAAGUCAAGUUGAGUUUAACGAAGUACGAUUCCGAUAUCCAACCCGUCCAGAUGUUGAAGUUUUAAAAGGUUUAAACAUCAUUGUUAAUCCUGGAGAAACCUUGGCUCUCGUUGGUUCCAGUGGUUGUGGGAAAUCAACAACUGUUCAAUUAUUAGAAAGAUUUUACGACCCAGAGUCAGGUGUUGUGAAAAUUGAUAAAUAUAAUAUAGCUGAUCUCAAUAUCCAGUGGUUACGAGGACAGAUGGGCAUCGUAUCCCAGGAGCCUGUUCUGUUUGAUCGUAGUAUUGCCGAGAAUAUCGCGUACGGAGACAAUAGUCGUGUUGUUCCCAUGGAUGAGAUUAUAUCUGCCGCUAGAAAAGCCAACAUACACACGUUUAUUGCCGAGUUACCAGAAGGUUAUGAUACGAAAGUUGGUGAAAAGGGGGGACAACUCAGUGGUGGACAGAAACAGAGAGUAGCCAUAGCUCGUGCUCUGGUCAGAAAUCCUAAAAUACUUCUGCUGGAUGAAGCUACAUCGGCCCUCGAUACAGAAAGUGAAAAGGUUGUACAGGAAGCUUUAGAUGCUGCACGGGAAGGACGAACAAGUAUAGUAAUCGCUCAUCGUCUAUCAACAAUACAAAACGCUAACAAGAUUGUAGUUAUACGACAUGGAGAAGUAACGGAACAGGGAACACAUUCAGAACUCAUGUCAAAACAGGGUUUUUAUUAUAAGUUAAACAUGGCUCAACAUAAACGUGGGAAUUAAACAUAUUUAUAAUUGGCCUUUAAAAAGACGAAACAUGGAUAAUUUUUUACUUUUUUUUGUGCGUGGAAUGGAUAGAACAGCCAUCAUGUUUUUAUACGCCCACAUUGAAAUGUGGUCGUAUAUUGUCGUCACCCCCGUCCGUCCGUCCGUUCGCUAAAGGCUAAAGUUAAUAUCCGAUUGACUUUAAAUUUAUACACAGUGUUAAGGUCAUGAGACGAAGAAGCCUAUUGAUUUUCAGCGAUUUCCGAUAGUUACUGCCAGAGUUAUGGCCCUUGAUCACUUCAAAAAAUAUUGUGGACGCUGAAAGAGGCUAAAAUUAAUAUCCGAUUGACUUUAAAUUUAUACACAGUGUUUAAUGUCAUGUGACGAAGAAGCCUAUUGAUUUUUAGCGAUUUCCGAUAAUUACUGCCAGAGUUAUGGCCCUUUAUCCCUUUGAAAAAUCUUGUGGACGCUCUAGAGGCUAAAGUUAAUAUCAGAUUGACUUUAAAUUUAUACACAGUGUUUAAUGUCAUGAGACGAAGGAGCCUAUUGACUUCAGAUUGAUACACAGAGUUUAAGGUCUUGAGACGAACAAGUAUAUUGAUUUUCAAUGAAUUUUUAUGACUUGAACAACUAAAUCUAUGAUGUUAAAAGUUUUCUAUACUAAACAUUAGCAUGGGGCAGAACUUUAUAAAAACCAAACAAAUUCAAAUGGUUUUCUGUUAAUUUCUUAAUUAGUUGUUACUCUUUAUCAGAUUUUAGUGUAUUAUAAAUGUUUAAUUACCGAAAAAAGUAAAAAUAUGCGACAACUCUUGUUGACUCCCCGGACGAUUUAGCUGCUGUGGGCGUAUGUUUUGUUGCCUGGCAACCUAUCUUUGUAUGAUAUUAAACUGGAUGUUUGAACUAGUUCCAUACACAUAUGUUUCACUCAGAUAUAUUUAGAUGACGUUUUCAUUCUCGCAAACCAGUGGACAGAUUUUGUGCGGAAGCUUAAAUAAUGGGCAAACUACUUUUCACAAAAUACCAUUGUCAUCACAUCAUUUGCGAAAAUAUUUGUGAUGAUAUUAUUUUUUAUUUUUAUUUUUAAUUGUAUGUUUUUUUACAAGAAUCUAUUAAUUAAUUGUAUGUUUUGUUACUAGAGCCUAUUAAAGGGAAUGAAAUCUUAUUCACCUUUUUCCUGAAACUGACAAAGGCUUUUGGUGAACUAAUUCUUAUAUAUAUAUUUGUAAACACUACAAUCGUGGUUUGUCAUGCUGUGUAUGUAUAUAUAACAAGAUGUUGUGACAAGGUCUCUUAUGUUUAACUAACCAGUGAUUUUUGUGCUUAUAAAUCUUUAGCAUCUGGUACAUGUAAAUGUUGACUACCCCAGUUAACCCUAUAGACCCUGGUAAUGUAAAUGUUGACUACCCCCAGUUAACCCUAUAGACCCUGGUAAUGUAAAUGUUGAUUACCCCCAGUUAACCCUUUAGAUCCCCUGGUAAUAUAAAUAUAGACUACCCCAGUUAACCCUUUAGACCCUGGUAAUGUAAAUAUAGACUACCCCCAGUUAACCCUUUAGAUCCCCUGGUAAUAUAAAUAUAGACUACCACAGUUAACCCUAUAGACCCUGAUACAUGUAAAUAUAGACUACCCCCAGUUAACCCUUAAGUACCUCGUACAUGUAAAUGUUGACUACCCCAGUUAACCCUUUAGAUCCCCUGGUUCCUUGAAGAACCAGAGAGAUGUGAAUAGCUCUGCUCUUCAUAUUUACUAGUAGCUAUUCGUGAUUCAGACAGUCUAAAGCAAGAGCACUUAGUUUAGGUGGUUUUAGACAGUCAAAAGAGCACUUAGUUUGAGCGGUUUCAGACAGUCUAAAGAGCACUUCGUUUGGGUGGUUUCAGACAGUCUAAAGAGCACUUAGUUUGAGCGGUGUCAGACAGUCUAAAGAGUGCUUAGUUUGGGUGGUUUCAGACAGUCUAAAGAGCAGACAAUCUAAAGAGUGCUUAGUUUUUGUGGUUACAGACAGUCUAAGUAUUAAAGGGUUAAUGCACUCAAUGAUUAUACAUAAAACUACUGUUCUGUUUAUGUGUUCCCCAUAUUUGGUGUUUAAAUUAUUCUCAGAUACCAGCAGCUUGUAUAAACACAAUGUUUCAUAUCCUCAUUGCAUUAGUAUAAUUUUAUUUGUUCUGGGAACAAUCACAGGGUUGCACUGGGGUAUUUGUCAAAAUUAAACCAGUUUACACAGUUUCUUACAAAUCAAUGUAUUUUGGAAACUUUAUCUGUUAAAUUAGAUUUAUUUGGUUGUAUUCAUUUAAACAUGCAUUAUGCAAGAGCUAAAUCUGAUUAUUGCAAGUCUUAAUUUAGGCUUCAGAUGUUAUAGAAAUUAUAAAUUAGAUCUUUAUUUAAACAACAAGACCAAAAUCAACUCUGUAGACCCACGGAUGGCUCGGCUACAGCUCGGAUUUAAAUAGGAUUUCACUAAUUGAUUAAAUCAGAUAAGGGGUAACCUGAUGAAAAUACAUCAAGAUCGAGGAUAAAUGGUAGAGUGUACUUAGCGAGGCCGCUGUAAAGCGUUUCCGUAUGCCAUUGAAAACUUUACUUGAUAAUCGAGAUAUGUAGGUGGAGUUAACGCCUGUCAAUCAAACGUUCGGCGACGGUGAAGACACAUUUCGCUACCAUUUCUAGGCAAAUAUUACAACGAUGAUAACUAUGUUCAGAAUAAAGUAAUUUGACUGAAUGUUUCAAUAUAUUCUUCUUUCAUCAUCUACUUUUGAACUGUUAUAGCAAGAAUGACCAACUCUCUAUAAAUAUCUCCCAUAAUGUAUCUUUAAUUGGGUGACCAUAGUGCCCAGUAGACUGAUCACCAUAGUGACCAGUAGACUGAUCACCAUAGUGACCAGUAAGCUGACUCCCAGUAAUAAAAGCGUUGUCUAAUAUAAUCAGGAUAUCAGUUAUCCACAGUUGGUUUUACAUGUACAGUGCAAAAUUUUGUGAUAUUUGACUACAAAGCAUUUAUUGUUUUAUAUUGUAGAUUGAGUAAAUAUAAGGAUAUACAAUCAUGUGUUAGUCCCAAAAUAACCUAUGUCUUACAAUAUCCUAAUAAUGUGGAACAUUUAUUUUUAAACCCUAUUUACUCUGUAUUUAUUUGUUUAGAAAAAUGACAAUUUGUCAACGAUUUUUAAGAUAGUUAAGGAUAUGUUCAGGAUAUAUUAUUAUUAUUUUCAUCAGUAUCAGGAAAGAGAAUUAGUUUUACAGGAGAGUUCACAUAUCCAAAGUGGUUGUAUUUAAUAUAACUGUAUUUCUCUUCAGAUAUUCUUGCCUUUUUAUGUUUUGUUAAUAAUGUUUUUUAUGUUUAUCACUUGAUAAGUUAAUGUUUAGUUUUGAUAAUAUAAAUUUAUUAUAACUUGAUGUGAUUAUACCUUAUACUGAUUGACGUAGGUGAUAGUACCAAUAUAUUAGUUGUGUUCAUUGAACCAGAUAGUAAGACAUACUGUCAAAGUCCAAGCAAACCUUUUUAUUUAAAAAAAAAAUUAUACAAACUCCACUUGUGUGAUAUGAAAUUGUUCCGUAUACCAAGCACACUAACCACAUUGAUAAUGAUAUAGUGAUAAAAGAAGCAUAAUAUUGCAGGUAAACUUGUGUUAAAUGUCAUCAAUUCGUCUUCAUUAGCCCAGUCAGUGCAGAACAGUAGGAUGUUAAACCCCAUUUCAUUUCAUUUGUUAUAGGUCUUCAACAUUUAAAUUACAAUUGUGUUAAUUUUGAAUGUUGAAGUUGUUACUCCUAUGUGAUAAUGUUACUGGACCGUCUGACAUGUCAUAUUAUCUGACUGUCUCUAGUAAAACAUUUAUUUGUUGGAAUAUUUAUUUGUAUCUAUUGAUCAUAAGGUCUGUCAUUGAAUCAAGUGGCAGGGUUUCGAUUCCCAUCUACAACCUCCCAAUGUCAAAGACCACACUACAUACAAGCGAAUUAUUGAAAUAAAUCCCAAAAUGACCUAGUUUGUGUGUCUCUCUCUCUACUUUACACCAUAUAUGAUUCUGGAGGGUCUGAAUAUUAAUUAAGAUCACUACCAGUUGUUAUAAUUUAGACAAUUUAUUACAUAUCUUGUUUUGUACCGGUAAUCAAAAAAUUAUAUAUUUUUUCUUAUUAAGAAAGAUGUUUAUUUGUUUUUUGUCAAUUAUUGGCAGAUAUUAAAAUAAAGUUUAUAUAAUCUA